UAUAUUUACAGAGGACGCUUUUCACUGGUCAUAAAGGUUUGGCACAAGAAGGUGAAUUCCGCAUUUGUAGCUAAAGCUCUGACUUUAUCAGAUGCCGCUCACCAGGAAUUCGACAUCUACAAAUCGCUUCAACACGAGAAGAUCGCCAAUCUUCACUCUGCCAGUGUCGGCAAGAAUAACAUCUUUUUCGUCAUGGAAAAGCUCUCUGGAAUUGAUGUCCUCACCUAUUUGUCCUCAAAACAACUUUACACAGAAGAUCUCGUUUCCAGAAUAAUUCACCAAGUAAUCGACGGUUUGGAAUAUUUGCACUUCAGAGGUAUUUGCUAUUUUGAAUUGCAACCAGACAAUGUCGUUAUGGAAGACAGACAUCUUCCGAACGUCAAACUUGUAGAUUUCGGCAGUGCUCAGUAUAUGCCAGAAGAGGGCGCUAAAGUCCAAGUUAGAGGCUCCUUCGAAUACUUGGCUCCCGAAAUCCUUAAGGGUGAGGAGGUUCAUACACCGGCCGAUAUUUGGGGCGUUGGUGUUUUGACGUAUAUCCUAUUGAGCGGUGUUUCGCCAUUUGCUGGAGAAUCUGAGAAAGAAACAAAGGACAAUGUCCUUUACGUCCGCUACCACUUUGAUCACCUCUACAAGGAAGUCACGCAAGAAGCCACAAAUUUCCUGAUGCAACUUUUCAAGAGGACACCGCAGAAAAGGCCUACUUGCGAGGAGUGUCUAGAGAAUAAAUGGCUGUUACCGAAUGAGUUCAUGAUCAAAAAGCGGGAGCAUGCUGUGUUCCUUCCUCAUCAUCUGAGAGAAUUUUCCGAGCGGUUCCAUUCCUUGAAGGCGAAAUCCACGCCCGCGCAACUGUUGAACAUUUUUGGAAAGUCCGACUCCAGGUAACAGUCAUCUUUAAAGACCGAUUUGGUGCUUUGGAUGUGAACUUUCUAAACUAAUUGAACUUUUUCUUAUAUUUAUGGGUCAUUCGACUCAUCUUCGAUUUAAAGAAGAAAUCAAAACUGCUGUUAAUGAGCUGUCACUGAUAAGGAAUGAUGUUUUGUGCAUGUUAUGUGUUGUUAAGAAAUAAAUUAAAAUAAACUCUUGAUGUUCUUUUG